GUGCGUGUAGACCGGUGGAUGUCUACUACCGAGAACUACUACUGCUACUGCUACUGAGAACUACUACUACUACCCAAACGGUAUGCUGAUGAGCCCCCGAGCUGAGCUGAGCUGCGAGCCGAUUUGCUUGAUAUCCCACCCAUGCCUGUCUGGCCCCUUCUCGCUGGGCCUGCUUUCUUGCUUGCGGGCCGUCGGAUGGCGAAGUUGACGACUACGACUACGACUACCACGGCGGCGGCGGCGGGCGGUACAUACUAUACAUACAUGUGCCUUUGUCCGCUGGUCAUCCAUCUCGUCCAUGUCCAAGACAGGUACAGUACAUCCAGUACAUCCAGCCAGCGAUUGCAGCAGGGACAAGACCGGUUCCGAUUGAGAUUUUUUUUGGAAUUUUCCGCGCAUCUCACUUUUUUCUUUCUUUCUUUCUUCAGCUUCCAAUCCUUCCUUCCUUUCGUUCCUUCUUUCCAACUGGCCACUGCUGUUCUUCCCACUGCUGCUGCUGCUCUACUCCUCAUCGAGGUACGGACCGAAGAAAGUUUGCUGGGGGCGGCGAGGGGGGCUGGGAUGAGGUGUGCCAGUUCAUUGUCGAGCGAUUGCUUUCAAGGUCGGUCAAGGAGCGGUGAGGGCAAUGACUGGGCGGCGAGGGCAAUGCCAGGGCGGUGAACGGGUAGGAAUCAGCAAGAGAGGAAGCGAUGGGGGGGGAUGGGCGGAAUCCGGUGUCCACGGCGAGGUGGUGGAGUCAGCGGCCGCCAUGAUUCUUGGAACCGCGGGUGCCUCUGACUUGUAUUUCUCAGGGUAGGUACGUGUAGAUGUGUCCAAAGACGUGCGUGGAGGUGUCGGUGGCGGCGGCAUGGCCACAGACAGGAUGGAGUUCUCGGCCAGAUAGCUAGGUGGCUACGGUAUGUCCAGUAUGUAUGUAGGUUCUCGGACACGAUGAUGAUGAUCUGUGCACGGCACCCGUUGGGCCACUCGCACGACCGUGGCCAUUCCACUGAACGGUAGUAG